AUGUCGUUCAUCGCCCGUCGCGCCUUCUCUACCUCCGUCCGCCGCUUGUCCGCGGCCGCCGACGCCCAGCUCAAGCAGGAGACCAAGCGCAACCCGGAGCUUUACAUCCUCGGCGGCAUUAUGGUCGUUGGCUUGGCGGGUGCCGGCUACUACUUUGGCAGCUCGCCCACCGUCUCGACCUCCGAGGCGGCCGUCUCCAAGGCCGGCAUGCCCUGGGAGACCGGCUCGGCCGAGGGCAAGUACCGCUACUUCCCCGGCGGCGACCAGAGCGCCGACCCCAAGGACGCCCCGAGCGCCGUCAACGUCGUCGUCGUCCCCAACGUGAACCUGCCCAAGGGGCUGCACGAGAAGUACAACAAGUGGGGCAAGGACGGCUACUAG